AUGAUUGAAAUACCCGAUUUGGAGCAACUUUAUCCACUGGCUCUUCAAAUCGAUAGUCAAGGAAUACAUCAUAAUGGACACAGUCAAACCAAUAAUGCAUCGCAUGCUUCAAAUCGUAAUGCGUUAGAAACUGAAAGGCAAUUAUACUCUGGUGAGAAAUUAAACGAACAAGCAAAAUUGGACAAAGACGCCAAGCCAGACACAGAAGGAGAACCAGAACUGGAUUCAGAAACAAUGAUCCAACAUAGUCGUUUGAUAGAUCCAAUGAUCCAGACGCCUAUAGAGGAGAACAAAUCGGCAAAGGUGGUGGUGGUGGGAGAGAGAUUUGAAGAGGAAUCGGAAGAAGGGUUACGAGAUGAGGUACGGCAGGAAGAUAAUCGUUUUGUACUAGAGCGUUCUAUUGAUGAGCGACCCGAUAUGCAAGACGUCAGUAUCGAGAAUGUCGAUAUUGAUGCCAAUUUCAAUAUCCAAAACUUCUCCGGCUUAUCGCUCGCAACCGACGAUUCAGUAACGGCAAAUUCACAACCAACCAACACUAUAGAUAAUGAUAAAUCAACAACGCCCACAGGAUUGUUGUUUCUACCGAAUGACAUAGACGAGCUCCAAACCACAUUCAAGGUUCAAAAGUCACUACCGCACACAGAAAUCUACCAGAACUCUUCAUAUAGCAGCAACCCUGAAUCAAGAGCAUAUAACCAACAUUUGGGACUACCGGCAAUAAACUCCCCUAAAUCAACAUUGAAUGGCUACUCACAACACUUACCACAGAGCCACAUUUUUGCAACGCCGUCAACUUAUGCAUCUUAUGUCAACUACACAGACGACUCUCCGCAGCUUCCUCCACCAUUGACAUCAAACAUUCCGCAAAACGAAACUAGUUUUAACAACACAGCAGAUGGCAACUUGGUUACGAGGCGGAAUUUAGCCACAGAGUUUAAAACACCAGCAGAGUACACGUUACAUAUACUUUUCACACAGUUUGUCAGACUUGCUGAGCGUAAACUUAAUAUUUUCAUUAGUCAAUCAAACAAUGACGACUCGGCACUAUUUGAAUUAUUUGGUGAAGGGGCAGAUCCACUGUUUGACAAAAUACUAGCCUCGCUUGGAUUUAUUGCUCGCAGGAAACCAAAGCCCGUGAUAGAUAGCGUAUUUAUUUGGAGGAAAUCGAAAAGCGAGGUGGCAACGAUGGCAGCACUUGAAGUCGAAAAAGCGCUUCUUUAUGCAAAUUCUAGCAUCAGCAGCAGCAGCAGCAAUGGUGACCGAACAAAUCUGCAGCAAACCAAAGUCACUCGCCAAACAGAAGAAAAUAAACAGGUUUCUUUAGUUGUGGCAUCAAAGUCGACCACACCACCAACGAGAAUAAAGAGGAGCUUGAGUUUGAUGCGAACAAAAAGUUUAUCUCGAAUAGCACACCGUCGAAACCAGUCAGCGGCAACAGCAGGGUCAGCGGGAACAACUGGUACAUCAGGAACAACCAUCAACGCAAAUACUGCUACACCCACUACCAAUGGGCCGCAACUGAUACAAGGCGGCGACACAUGGGUUGGCGGAUCUGUGCAACAAAACUUUGCUAUUCAAACACAGAUAUCCGAUGCUAAACAAACUGCCAUUAAUGCUGAGAGAAAGUCCUUAGUACUGAUAUAUAUUCUUUGCCGAGUACUUAAUGAAGUAGUGAAGCAAACUCCAUCCGAAGUGAUGGGAGAGGAUCUUGGAGGCAAACUAGAGGAAAUCGUUUACUCACAAUUGAAAAUAACCGACCCUGCAAGUACCAGCCAGUCUAUUGUGCGUGCAGCAAACUGGACUUUGUUUGCACAGCUUUUAGGAAUAAUGUCUGAGAAAAGAUUCCUUAGUGUUAGUGACCGUUUCAUUUUUGACUUGGAAAAGCUUCCCGUGCAGGUUUCGCGUAAUGAUGAACCGAGUCUAUAUCUACUCAUCUCAGGAAUGAAGUACCUCAAGUUGAGUCAUUAUCCUCCUGAAGCAUUUGAAGAUAGCAUAGAGUUUAUCCAGAUUUUGGCGAAAUUUUUUAAUCGCACUGUCAAUGAGGCGGUGAUACUUGCGUAUUGCGAUGCCAUCUCCAGUUUACUUCUUCCAUUGGCAAACAGCUUAACUGCAGAGGCAAAUGAUCCUGGUUGGAGUGCAGGCAUAGAGAGUAUUUUUCAAAGAGCAGAACAUAUAUGGCGCAUAUCAACGGCAGGCCCGGAAAGCUCCCUAUCAACAUCAACCUCAACCUCAACCUCCACUUCAACCUCAUAUUCCAAUUCUGCUUCCUCGUCUUUGCGGGUAAAUGGAGGCUCCUCUCAAAAUGGUACCGGCAGUUGGAUCCAAUUGUAUAAUGUGCUUACUGCAUCCUUAUCUGUAUCAAGCAAAAGCUUUUUUGCGGCUCACUGGUAUGGCUUGGUUGAUAGCGGUAUUCAUAAGUUGAAAUCCAAAGUUGGUCCUGAAGAUAAAGCUUCAAUCAUUUUGUGCAUUACACGAUUGAUUUGGGUUUACUUGUACAGGUUUCCUGAAUCGUUAAAUUCUACUGUGAAAAAAUUGCAGGAGGUUGUUGACGUUUUAUUUUUUAAAUAUAAUACUAGCUCCUCUUCCAAAAAGGGGUACUGGCUACUGACAAAUGCAAAUCUAAUGGAGGCUUUGGUGCAAAUGAUUCGUGUAAUUGGAUAUUCAAACCUCAAUUUUGCUAUGGAGCAAAUUAUUUUGAGGAUAUUAAGACAAGGAUUUGAAAAUGGCACGUUGGAGGACUUGCAGCCGGAAAAAUUGAUCUUGGCUGUUAAGGCAUAUGUUGGAGUACUACAAGCAACUGAACAGGAGAAUAGGCCCAACUUCCCCAAAAUUGAUAUUUUUGAUAUUGCUUCUACAUGCCACGUAGAGCCAGUGAAUGUUGUAUCAACAAGAAGAAUUUCUGCUGUUAAACCCAACACAGCCUUGAAUAUUUACGAUGAGAUUUGCCUGACUUUUAAAAAGCUAAUAAUGCUUUUGGAUGAUAGUUUUGGUUGCGACCUUGAUGGAAAUGUGAAUACAUCCUCUUCCGGUACUGGUUUCAAGUCCCUGUCUACAUUUUCAUUUCAUUUGAGCUACGACGUGCCUCCUCAGAAGCAGAAAGAUGCUCAACUCGAACUUUUUGCCGUGCUUAUUAAAUCUCUUCCAUACACGUUGCAAAGUCUGCCAAGUGAAGUAGUCACUCCAAAUGAAGCUAUAUCCAAGCCCGUGGUUGGAUUAUUGACCAGAAACUCAGUUCAUAAGGAAGCACAGAUAAGACAGGCAGCAGUGGAUUGCUUGAGAAGGUUUUCGCGGAGAAAGAACCCUACUCCACUCUUGAAUGCGUUUGCAAAUAUGGCUUUCCAUUUCACUGAAAAGACCAACUUUGACUACGACUCUUUUCAUCCAUAUUCUCCGAAUUUUUUAAUCUUGUUGAAAUUGUAUCAUAUACUUCUCGAAGAGUGGCUAGCUUACAUCCGAGAAUGUGACCUGAGAAUGCCAUUUGUUUCAGCUCAAUUAACUGAAAAAGUCAAUGGUCGUCUCAAUAAAGAGGCUUUAAACGAAUUAUAUCAGAUCAACCAUGAAGUUGAAAAUGCAAGGGAUACAAUGAGCAGUCCCGAUAGGAUUGUAGAAGAGCUUGAGUGGAAAUCGAUAAGCAAUCAAGUUGAAAAUAUUGAAGGCAAUGGGCUAUAUUUCCUUUGCUCACAAGAUCAAAGAGUGAGAAUGAUGGGGCUUAAGAUUUUACAAAUCGUGGACAAAUUUGACCAAGAAAUUCACGCUAUUACCAAUAAAGGGAAGAAUGACGAUAAAGAUGACCAAAAAAGCAAAAAACAUUCACGAAGCUCUUCAAAGUUUGCUGCAGAUGUUGGAACAAGAGUGAUACAUGUUUUGGAGAGCGUGGAUUUCCAUGCUUUUAUUAAACCGUUCAAAAAGGAGCUCAGUGUUCCAGAGAGGACACGUUUGACCAAAUUUAAUCAUCACAUCAAGAACGAUAAAGGGCAACCCGUUUUGCUUUUGCUUGCUGAGUCGGAUUAUGGUAUUGAUUCCACUAUUUGGCUAAGACUCUACCCGGCGAUUUUACAACUUCUCUUUGAGAAAUGUCCCAUACCGGUUGCCCUUUGUCGAAACAUUGUUUGCAUUUGUUUGGCCCAAAUGCAUGAGUCAAUAUUGAAAAUUUCCGAAAACUACAAAGCCAAUAUAUCAUCAUUUUUCCAAAACAAACAAAACAACCCUGUGCCUCCCGAAGUGUUGAUAGACCAAUGGAAAUUGUAUUUGAUCUUUGCGUGUACCACACUAACUACAACAAAUGAGCAGAAAAUCUCAUAUGCCAAUCAACCGACGCAUGGUCGUAAAAAGUCCCUUCAGAUAUUUAUACAGCAUCAAAAGAUUACCAGUGCCAAGUCGAUUUUUAAGAUGGUGAAUCCGUUAUUGAGAUCACACCAGCUUAUGAUACGUGAAGCUGUAAUCACGGGCUUAAGUCAUAUCAAUAUCAAUAUUCUUGAAACUUUUUUGGACAGUAUAGAGUUUGUCACAAGGGAGUGGAACACGGACAUCAAAAAGAGGAACUCGUCCGACGAUAGGUUUAGAAUUGAAGUUGUUCAUAUCCUACUGAAUGCCAUUGACUAUAUGGGCCUGGAUGAUUUGGUUUACACCAAUGAAAAUAUUGUCCGUUGCUUAAUCACAAUUAUCAAGAAUGCAAAGAAUUUUUUAUCGGCCGACGAAGUUCAAGUAAAUAUUGAUUUUCAACGUUUAAGGAGAUAUUUUUGUGACUUUUUGGCCUCUGUUUACCUUGGCUUGCAAGACCGCCCGAAUCUGGAAUUGUGGUUUCCUUUUGAAGCAAGGAUAUCGUGUUUCAAUUAUCUUAAAGAAUGGUGUGGUCAUGGUAAUACCAAAGCUCUCACGGAUGAAAGAUAUUCUGUGAUUAUUGCUAAUAUCAAGCAACAAAAGGAUGCGGCAGCUGCUCUUGCGCUCUUGGAAUUUGAGAGGAAAAAAUUGGAACUUUCUGCAUUGAAAUGUAUGACCAUUCUUUGUACAGGGAGCCUUGAGCAGCAGCUUGAAAUAUCGGGUAGCUUGGCAUUGGUUUCAUUUGAUAUUCCUGGCUUGCUUCAUUGGGUCCACUCUUUACUUGAAUCUUCAGUGGAGAAGAUUAGGGAUUUAGGAAAAACGGCUUUACAUAACCUCCUCAAACGCAACCGCAAUAAUCGAGAAAUUCGCAAAGCAUUGAUUAGGGAAAGUUGCGUUUCGCAGAAAUCGAUGCCACUAUAUUUUUGCAUUUUUAUUGAGAGUUGCGCUCUGGAAAUGGACAAGGACAAACUUGAAAAAAAUGAACAUGUGCAAGUACAUGAUGAAGUUGUUAUGCUUUCCUGUAUGCUUUGUGUUCAUAGGAAUUCUGUAGUGAGAAGGGCCGCUUUAAAUUUUCUUCAAAAGAUCAAUGAAGCCUUGCACUGCUGGAGUGGGAUAAACUUAUACGUUGUGUUGCUAUCCAGCGAGAGCGUGAUUACAAGAAGAAGGGCGUUAACAGGUUUGUCCGAGAUUAUUUUCAAUACAAAAGAAGAAAACGUUUUUAAGUCCAUUUCAAUCUUGACAAAAUUCUACAAUGUUGUCGACGAAUACAAUAGAGGCAUUCUUUCAAUUAUGUUAGAGGUUGCCAUGAGUAAAGUGUGUUUGAAGUACGAAGGAGAACUCGAUGAAAAUAAAAGAAAGGAAGUUGAACAUAAUGGUAAUGAGGAUAAUGGUAAAGAACAACACGAUGACGACGAUGUUAAUAACCAUCAAAAUCUCAGCAAACUACGUAAAGAUGGUGAAGGAGUCAAAAACUCAAAUGAAACUGAAAUCGGAAUUGGAACUGGAACUGGAGUUGGAACCGGAACUGGAACCGGAACUGGGGUUCGUCAGUUGUGCAUUUUCUCCAAAAUGGUACUCCAAAAUUUAUACGAAAUUUCCAUUAAAUUCGAAAGUUCCAAUGCAAACGAUUUGGAAACAAUGUGGCUAGCUUUGGUUAAGAGGGAAAAGAACUUUGAAUUAGUGUUUGACUUUGUUUUAUCUAGUUGUCCAGAGAGGCAGAGCAUCUUGUAUGUGCAAAAAUCGUGCCAGAUUAUAACUUACUUGGCAGCAGCUCAUCCGGAUUCGAGAUAUGUCGUUCAAAAGUUAAUUGAUAAUUUGCAACCCAAACUGAUGGUCCCACCACGCCCGUCUCGAAUAACAGAACCCGACUUUACUUCAGCAAUACCUUAUUUUGCUAACUUGGCCUCUGUGUUGGAACUUGACGAAAAAAAGGCUGUCUUUUCUUUGGGCCAAAUUUCAUUAAUUUUUGUUGUUGACUUGAUUACUACCCAGACUAGCACAAUCGUGGAGGAUAAAUUGCCGUUAUUGCUUCAUACAGUUGUAACAUUAUUGGAUCACUACUUGAUCAUUGUCAGGGAGCAGGCUCGAAGGCUUUUGAUUAAGUUGGUGCAAUUUUGCACUGCUGAUGAAGCCCAAUCGAAUAAAGCAACAAUGCUUUUGAAACACGAAGAUCGAGUCAAAAACUUGUGGGUAUAUGAUGAUUUGAACAACGACAAGAAAGGUGCAAGGACUCCAAGUAAUAUGAUUAUAUUGGUGAGAAGUAUUCUUCGAUCAUUAUGCCCAUCCCAUCCGACUUUACAAGACGAAUGGAGCAAAAUCGCUUUAACAUGGGGAACCACCUGUGCUGUGAGACAUAGUGCAUGCCGGAGUUUUCAAAUUUUCCGAGUACUUAUCUCAUUCCUCGACUUGAACGUAUUGAAGGCUAUGUUUCAUCGUCUUUCUAAUACCAUUUCAGAUGAAUCAGAAGAUAUCCAAGGCUUUGCAAUGCAGAUUUUGAUGACUUUGAAUGCAAUAGCUGCCGAAGUGGAUUCUCAGAAAUUGAUUGAUUUUCCACAGUUGUUCUGGUCAAGUGUGGCGUGUUUGAGUACCAUUCAUGAACAAGAAUUUAUUGAAGUCCUUUCAAUCAUGAACAAGUUUAUUUCCAAGAUUGACCUCAACGCAGAGGAUACCAUUGCUUGUCUUAUCUCAACGUUUCCACCAAAAUGGGAAGGCAAGUUUGAAGGAUUGCAGCAUAUCGUUUCCGUUGGUUUAAGAUCCAGCACAUCUUGGGAGCCAACGCUAAGUUUCAUGGACAAGUUGCUCAAGAUUAAGGACUCACAAAUCAUUGGUAUUGGCGAUACGCGUAUAGUGUCAGUUUUGGUGGCAAACUUACCCCGCUUUUUGAACGCAUUAGAAAGUAACGAUUUAAGCGAGGAGACGAGAGGUGCUGCUCUUGACAUCAGUGUAUUGGCUGAAAAUGCUGGAAAGCCAGCGGUGAGCAGAAUAUUGCAAAGUUUUGCUAAGCUUAAAUUUAGAUCCAAAGAGGAUUUCUUGGUCAAUAUUGUCUCAACUAUGCGCGACUUGUUCUUUGCACAACAUGAGGUAACAAUCUUGAUUUCUUUGCUUAAAAUGCUUUCCAACCCUAGUGGGUAUUUUCGAAAACAAACUUUGGCAAUUUUGAAAGUCCUUAUACCGCAGGUGAAUUUUAGAAAAGAUGAAUUUAUUGGACUUGGAGCUGAUUUGAUUUCGCCACUUUUGAGGUUAUUGCUCACCGAUAGCGCCGAUGAUGCAUUGGAAGUUUUGGAUGAAACUGAUUCAAUUUCAGGCUCUCAGUUGGAUUCGGACAUAUUGAAGAUGAGUUUGGGUGGCAACAUGUCGAUGAAGAAGGAUUAUGAGAAUGCUGCCACGUUGUUUGGUAUUCCUCAUGAAAGUGGGUGGUCAGUACCUAUGCCUGCAGUGACAGCUGCCAGUACCAGAAACAAUGUGCAUGCCGUAUUUUCCACUUGUGUAGCGGCAAAUGUUGUUGAGAAUGGUGUAGAGGCUGUCGAGGCAGAACAAAAUGAAGAGAUUCAGUUCCAUCUGGAGGAUUAUUACUACCAGCAACAACCCAACACGGUAGCUGAUUAUGCUGAGUCUAUUUCCAUGAGCGUAGAUGAGCCUGAGGUUACAUUGAGCAAUAUGUGGGCUGCUCUCGAUGACUUUGAUAGUUUCUUCAACACUGAGACUUUUGCAAAUGCCGUGAAGCAGAGGGCGAAGCUUGAUUCGUUGAAAGCAAGGUCAGUUUCACAAAAUUCCACUAGUAACAAAAACCCGAUUGAAAGUGUGUCUAAUGUCUAUGACAAACGAGUUUCGCCAAUAUUGAACAAGGGUUUGGCAUCUAGCUCUUCUCAGCGAACAAACUAUUUGGAUCUCAUUGAAGAAAAAGGGCAUACCUCUACUGCUCAGUCUAGAAGGUCAUACAUUCCAUUUAGAAACAAAAGUGUGGCAAAGAGUAAGGAAACUGUAACGCCAUCGAUGUCUUAUUCUCCCGUUUUUGAGGUCAAUAAAGCAAACUUGCAGCAAACACCGUCCUCAAUAUCAUCAUCUUUUUCCAAGAUGCCACUCGUAUCAACAAACUCGACUCCAUCUGCUACUGCUGCCGCGACGGCGACUUCAACAAGUACGAUUAACCCAAGUACCAUUUCUAAUACCAACAAUAGCAUUCACAAUAGCAUUAACAAUAACAUUAACGUUAACAAAAACAAUAACAUUAACAUUAACAUUAACAAUAGCAACAACAUCACUAAUAACAGCUCGGGAGAUUUAGAUCAGGCUUUUGAGGGUUUACUAGGCACAAGGAAGAGAUCAAAGAAGGCUGUAAACGCUAACGUGAAUUCACAAGGUGCACAAGAACAUCUUCCAUGGCAACUUUGA